AUGGGUGAAUGUUUCCUGUGCAGAGCGGGUGGAAAUGGUCUGACUUUCAGCCCCCAGUUACUGCUGGACUGGCAGAGCUGUAUUACAGUAAAUCUGGAUUCUGCGGUAGGGGACCAUAAAUUCAGUGCCCACCGGAUUGUGCUGGCAGCUUCCAUCCCGUACUUCCAUGCCAUGUUCACCAACGACAUGAUGGAGUGCAAACAGGAUGAGAUCGUCAUGCAGGGGAUGGAUCCCAGUGCACUUGAGGCUCUGAUCAACUUUGCCUACAACGGUCACCUAGCAAUAGACCAGCAGAACGUCCAGUCUUUGCUCAUGGGGGCAAGUUUCCUUCAGCUGCAAAAUAUCAAGGAUGCCUGCUGCACUUUUCUCAGAGAGAGGCUUCACCCGAAGAACUGCCUGGGAGUGCGUCAGUUUGCAGAAACAAUGAUGUGUGCCGUGCUCUAUGACGCUGCCAACAGCUUCAUUCAUCAGCACUUUGUGGAAGUAUCCAUGUCAGAAGAGUUCCUGGCACUGCCCUUUGAAGACGUCCUGGAGCUCGUUUCUAGGGAUGAGCUCAAUGUGAAGUCUGAAGAGCAGGUGUUUGAGGCUGCGUUAGCCUGGAUACGGUACGACCGAGAUCAGAGAGAGUCGUUCUUACCUGAGCUCCUGUCCAAAAUCCGCCUGCCCCUUUGUCGGCCUCAGUUUCUCACUGACCGCGUGCAACAAGAUGAUCUGGUCCGCUGCUGCCACAAAUGCAGGGACCUUGUUGAUGAGGCGAAAGAUUAUCACCUCAUGCCAGAGCGCCGGCCGCACCUCCCAGCGUUCAAGACCCGUCCUCGGUGCUGUACGUCGAUUGCAGGGCUGAUUUACGCUGUUGGAGGGCUUAACUCAGCAGGUGACUCGCUGAAUGUGGUGGAAGUCUUUGAUCCCAUUGCCAACCGCUGGGAGAAGUGUCAGCCGAUGACGGGCGGAUAUGACGGACAGUUACGGCUGAGUACCGUGGAGGUUUACAACCCAGAAACGGACUCCUGGUCCAAAGUGGAAAGUAUGAACAGCAAACGAAGUGCAAUGGGCACAGUGGUGCUGGACGGUCAGAUCUACGUGUGUGGCGGGUAUGAUGGAAACUCAUCUCUCAACUCCGUGGAGUCCUAUUCACCAGAAACCAACAAGUGGACAGUGGUGACCCCCAUGAGUUCCAACCGCAGCGCUGCUGGAGUCACCGUCUUCGAGGGCAGGAUCUACGUGUCUGGAGGGCAUGACGGCCUACAAAUCUUCAACAGCGUGGAGUACUACAACCAUCACACGGCCACUUGGCACCCUGUCGCCAGCAUGCUCAACAAACGCUGCCGCCACGGAGCAGCCUCUCUGGGCAGCAAGAUGUUCGUCUGCGGGGGGUACGACGGCUCCGGCUUUCUCAGCAUCGCCGAAGUCUACAGCUCCAUGGCGGAUCAGUGGUACCUGAUCGUCCCGAUGAACACUCGACGGAGCCGGGUCUCCCUUGUUGCAAACUGUGGUCGUCUUUAUGCUGUUGGGGGCUACGAUGGACAGUCCAACCUCAGCUCAGUAGAAAUGUAUGACCCGGAAACAAACCGCUGGACGUUCAUGGCUCCGAUGGUGUGCCACGAGGGAGGGGUUGGCGUGGGCUGCAUACCGCUCCUGACCAUCUGAGAAGGAAGCGUUUGGGGGCUGUCUUUUAAACGACAAUCUUGGGAGAGGUUCAGAAAGCGUUUCGUAAUGUGAUAGCCGGAGAGGUACAUUUCCAGGUGCUCAAGUGUCAUUCACAAACACGCAAAGACUUGACAAAACAAUCCCUACCCUUGACUUUUGUCCCCAAAGAUCAAAAAUUUGCAAUUCGGUGCGAGCGCGUGUGCGUACGAUUGGCGGGAGCAAGGACGUACCCACCUCCCUCUCUCCUGCUUUAACCUUUGCACGGACCUGUGGCUAGGCCAAUUCUUCCUCUUCCCGUUUGUUCUAGCUGUAGCAAUGAGCCAUGUGCAUGUGGUCUGCUUCGGGUUGUACCUUUGGGAAGUGAUGUUGUAGUCCGCGGAGGGGGCGAGUCUAAUUGCCACAUAACGGCCGCACUGAUGACUUGGAGAACGCUUGUGCGCCUUCUGGCAGCAGGCAAAGCCACCUUGGCGUCGUGAGCGUUUGGCUAGUGACGGUAUUUGAUGCCGCCUUGAGCUUGCUGCUUGGCACGGUAGGAUCUUCCCCAGUUUACCAAAACGAAGAAAAACAACCCAGCGUCGGUGCUGAGGCCGCGUCCACGUGCGACGGCGUGGGCUCCGCUCCUUGCACAAGGCGGCGGUAGCUUCUCGGAGCAGAAAACGCGCUUGGGUCAGCUUGAUGGAGAAAGCUCGAUGGGGAAAAACUUCUCCACAAGAGCCACAUGAUGGAGAAACUAGGAAGAGGAAAACCAGUCAGUUAGACCAUCUAAUAGUUUUAGCAAGCCUUUGAGGGAAAAUGCUGAAUGUAAAUGACACUAAGCAACAGUCUUCAACGAUUUCAAAAUAGGAAAUCAGCCAAGGUGUUAAUUAUAAAGACGUCCCUUAAAUUAAAUUUUGACUUGCAUGCUUUUGUCACGUAACCUGGGCUUUGGUUUUUCAAAGCUGCCGUAUGCGAGGUAGAAGUUGCUUCCGUGAAGAAGCAAGCGGAGCGAGGGCUGAGCAGGAUCUUUCGAGAGGAGCAGGAAAGGCAGGAGCUCGCGUUUAUAUUGUCGGCGGCGCGAGUUCACUGCGGUGCAGCCAGGUGUUUUGGGGAGGGGGGAGGUCGCGAUGUGGCCUGGGCUGACCGCGCCGAGAGCU